AUGCAAAUAGCAAUUAUUGUGGAAUUUAUCGUUUUAUUAAUUCUUUCAAAUAAUCGUCGUCGUUCGAUGUUUUUAAUUUAUGCUGAUUCAGCUUCCUGCCGCAAACAAGUCGAAUGUUUCGUGUGUGAUUCACGAGAAAUUCAAGCGUGUGAAGAUGCAAGAAAUUUUGCACAAGUACAGAUUCCAAUUCGUUUAUGCGAUGAUUAUUGUUUAAAAAUGUGGACACGUGAAAACGAAAGCAUAACAGGCGAUAAUAAAAUAAGUGCAUUACGUUUCGUUCGACGUGAUUGUCAUAAAGUAUUACAAUAUCAAAUAAAGAAAGCUGAAACUUGUUACAAACAUAAAAAGCAUCGGACAGAUUCGCUAUGCUUAUGUGGUUCCGACAGAUGCAAUGCGGCUGUUAAUUAUAGAAAACAACGAACUGAUGGGCAUAUUUUAAAUUUAAUUGUCCAAUCAUAA